CCUACUUGUCAAAUAGGAGUUUCUCCUUUCGACUGUCAAUUGAAUGUCUAUAUUGGACGACGUGGACUACAACUUAGAUUGACACAAGAAUAUACUGAGUUUUUCUGACCUAAAUAAUGGUUUGCUGUUACUCUUGAACAAGCUCUAACAAAAUAGUUGCUAAUUUAGGAAUGCCAUGCUCCUUUUCAACUACUAGUAACGUGCUAGCCAAGUUACUUCUUGAAAUAGCUGUAGUUAGCAAGUCAGCCAACACGUUAUGAUUUGGGAACACUAGCUAGCAAAACGUAGCUAACGUUUGCUAGCUAACGAGUUAGAGGACAGCACAAGCUAGUUGCUCACCCUAAAAAUCAGUUUUUAGUUGGUUAAAGAUACUUUUUUCCCGCUUGACACCAAGCAACUGGUUGUUGGUGGCUAACUAGUUAGCGCGUCGUUUUUAUAAAGCAGUUUUACAGCUUCUUAUGCUAGCUGGCUGACCUAGCCAACUAGCUAACGUUAAAGACAUGGGAUUACACCCGUUGGAGUUUAGCGAAUGCUACCUGGACAGUCCCGUUUUCAGGGAGAAAAUAAAGGCACACGAGGCAGAGUUGGACAAAACCAACAGAUUUAUCAAGGAACUCUACAAGGAUGGAAAGAAUCUCAUCAAUGCCACAAAACAGCUUGCGUUGGCCCAGCGCAAGUUUGCCCAGUCCCUGGGAGAAUUCCAGUUUGAGUACAUCGGCGAUGCGAAGACCGACGAUGAGAGGUGUAUUGAUGAAUCCUUGCAGGAGUUCUCCAACUUCCUUAAGAACCUGGAAGACCAAAGAGAGCUGAUGAUGAAGAAUAUUACAGAAACGCUAAUGAAACCGCUGGAGAAGUUCCGAAAAGAGCAACUGGGCUCAGCMAAGGCGGAAAGGAAGAAGUAUGAGAAGGAAACUGAGAAGUACUACAGCUCCUUGGAAAAGCUUUUGAACAUGUCAGCAAAGAAGAAGGAACCGCAGCUACAGGAGGCGGACAGCCAGGUGGACACCAUUAGACAGCACUUCCAGGAGGAGUCUCUGGACUACGUGUGUAAACUGCAGGAGAUCCAGGAGAGGAAGAAGUUUGACUGUGUGGAGCCAAUGCUGGCUUUCUUUCAGACAGUGUUCACCUUCUACCACCAGGGAUUUGAGCUGGCCAAUGACUUUAACCACUACAAGAAAGCCUUACAGAUCAAUAUACAAAAUACACGGAGUCGGUUUGAGGGCACGCGGGUGGAGGUGUUUGAGCUGAUGAAGAGGAUAAGGGAGGUUCCCCAGGAGUACAGACAGACKAGCCCCAUCAGCAGCGAAGGAUARCUCUACGUCCAGGAGAAACGGCCCCCUCCUUUUGGUUCCAGUUGGGUGAAGCGUUACUGCACYUURGUGAAGGAACAGAAAAUCCUACACAUGGUCACCUUUGACCACAGGUCAGGAGGAAAGAUGGGCGAGACUGAGUCGGUCACCCUCAAGUCUUGUGUCCGCAAAACCACAGACAUGCUGGACAGGCGGUUCUGUCUCGAUAUAGAAAUCACAGACCGKCCGGGAACGGUCCUCACGGUCCAGUCGCUGUCGGAAGAUGACCACAAGUUCUGGAUUCACGCCAUGGGUGGGAAAGAACCAGCUGGGCAGUACUUGGGUAAAACCUAUUCAAAAGAACGUGGAAUCGACGCACAGCUAGAUGGCGUAGGAUUGUCGUUUGUGAAGAAUGCCAUCAACGCCAUUGAGACGCGAGGUAUCAAUGACCAGGGCCUGUACAGAGUGGUGGGGGUCAGCUCCAAAGUCCAGAAGCUCCUUAGCCUAAUGAUCGAUGAGAAGAGUAAUGAUGUGGAUCUGUCUACGUGUGAGGACUGGGAUGUGAAAACGAUCACCAGCACACUAAAGCUGUAUUUGAGGAGUCUUCCUGAGCCACUGAUGACCUAUGGACUCUACAAAGACUUUAUCGCCCCUGCAAAGGGUGGUAGUCCAGAGUCUCGUAGCCAAGCCAUCCACUGCCUGGUCCACAAGCUGCCUGAGAUGAACUGCCUGGUCCUGGGGCUACUGAUGAAACACCUGGCUACUGUCGCGGCCCACAGUAAGUUGAACCUGAUGACGGUGGCCAACCUGGGUGUGGUGUUUGGUCCCACCCUGAUGAGGCCCCAGGAGGAUACUGUGGCUGCCAUCAUGGACCUCAAGUUCCAGAACAUUGUGGUGGAGAUCCUCGUCGAGCAACACGAGAAGAUCUUUGGAGAUGUCCCAGGUGCGUCUUCCCCAGGGCUCUCCYCCCCCACCAGGCAGUCCAAGAAACUGUCUGUUCGACAGAACCGACCCCUUGCCGUCUAUAACCCAAAGACAGUGGACCUGAAGACAGUGUCACCUGAUGUCGGUUCCAACUCGGAUGAGGCGUCGCUAGGCAGCAACGAGUCGYUGUCGUCCCAGUCGACUGCCUCGGGGACACCUCCGGAGAAGGCCAACCAUGCUCCCCUUCUCGCCAGCCUCAGCACAGGAGACAGCCCAGGGGCCUGCAUCUCUGUAGCAGCCUCAUGGCUCAACUCUGGAGCCCUGACCAAAGCCAGUUCUGAUUGGGACAAGACAGUGGACGGUGUCACCAGUGGCGGCGGCAAGAGAGCCAUGGCGGUGUACCCGUGCGAGGCCGAGCACGAAUCUGAGUUAUCCUUCCAGGUCGGAGCAAUAUUCAGCGCCGUGGCACCUUCCAGGGAACCUGGCUGGCUGGAAGGAGAGCUGGAGGGGAAGAAAGGCCUCAUCCCUGAAAACUAUGUGGAGAUGCUGUAGUCCAGAACCUUAGACCUUAGCCUGUACACUCUCAGUGYAAGACUAGCCUUGUCCCAGAGCUGUUUGUGCUGUAUACUUUUAUAUGGUCAUAGUCAUUACCAAACAUACCGAACCGUGGAAGUUUGCUAUACAGCAAAACAUUGUUGGGAAGACCGCACAAACAGAUUUUGGAUCAGGCUAGUGGAAGAGGGGUCUCGUCAUCCCUGACAAUCUACGUCUAGAUGCUGUAUGCCAAACCAAAGGGUCGCCUGGCCUGCCACCAUCUAUGGCUGUAUCUUGCCCAACUCACCUUAUACAUGGUAUCCAUGAAGUCGAUGUUGACACUCCCAUUCUCAAAUURAUACUUUUUCUUAUGCCUUCAACUCUCACGUUCCCUGCCCGGCGACUACUAUGCGUUUAUCAACUUUAAUGCAGAAUAAUAAUAAAUACCCCCCAGCAAUGAUGUACAAUCAUUARCUUGGAUAUAGGAAAGAAAGUAACAUUUUAAGGUGCCUUACAACACCAAGACAUAGUUGACAUGUAUUUACUGAACGGGUAUGUUUYGAAAAUGCUAAAGAGUUGUGUUCCGUGAAGAAUGUCUGGAAUACUCUUCAAGAGGUGCUUUGGUAUAUUAUGAUUUAUUUAAUUGGCACAUUGCUAGCAUUUUAUUUUUUUUACCACAAUUAGCUUUUUUCUUUUUUUAAAAGUAUGGUAUCCACUGUUGUGACUGAUUGUACAAUUACAUGCCAUCGAGGCAGUCGUAUUGGAAUGGUUCUCCUUCGAUCAAACCAUAGAAAUAUAWUUACUAGAACGGUUCUUGUAUGUCUAGGGUACAGACACUUCCUCUGCAUACUUGUUGACCUAGACAUUCAAUGAUGUCCGAACUUAGACUAGUUAUCGGGUCGUUUCCACUUCAAAAAGCACAAGGAGGAGUUCGACAGCACAAUCUGAGAUGGUGGGUGAAAUCGUUUGUUGCUACAAACAUGAUAAGACUAUUGUUUCUGAAAUAUUUUGUUGAAAUAUAUAAUUUGACCUAAGAAUUUAAGAUAAUUGAUUGCACCCAAAUUGGCCAUUUAAAAAUAAUAGGAUUUAAAUCAUCUUCCUUAAAUAUAGUAACAUCAUUUGACCAUAAUUCUUCCUACCAAUGAGUAAGACAUGAGGAAUCCAAUAGCCACCCACAUACCCCUCACACUCCUCCCCAAUUGCACCCCAACAACCAGUAUCAGUUCUGUCUAGCAAGUAGUAUGGAGCUGRGGCCUUGGAGUAUUGCAACUUCAUCCUAUGUAAUGUGUUUCCUGUGAAUCUGGUUAAUUAACAUGUAUGGCAAUUUUGUGACCCAAUUUACUUUUGCAACUUUGGGUAGAAAAACCAAUAGCUUUUGCUCAAGAUGAAACUAAAUUGUGGUCAWCCUCAUUCAAACCAGUCCUCCAUGAAAGCAAUUCAGGUUCUUCUCUUAGGCUAAUCUGUGUCCAGGAAACAGCCCCUCUGUGUGGUUUAUUCCCUUUAAAAAAGGUGUGGAUUKGUUUGACCAUUCCUGGUGAAUAAACAUACCAUUAGGCUACAGCAGUUCUAAUGGUUUCAAUGUUAUGCUCUUCAAUGGGAGAAGUCCCAAACACAUACUAAAGUAUUUUGCAAAGGUGUUGGGUUCAAUGGUACUAGUUGCUAAUCACACAACAUAUAUGUUUUCAAAUAAUUGUAUUAAGAAACAUACCACUGCCAUGCAAUAGUUUUUAUAAUUUUGUUAGGGUUUUUGUCACAUUUUAGUCACUAACCCAUUCCUUCAAAGUUUUGGGCUUGUAGGAAAAGUUUAUGAGAAUUGCACCAUAGGUGUUGCCCACUCAGAGCUGUCAUUUGUUGGGUUUAAUCAUUAGGCUGCUAAGACAAAGAUAAACUGAAUUGCUUUCAUGGACUGUCUUGACUUGUGAGGAUGACCACACAAUUUGUUUUCAUCAUGAGCAAAAGCUAUUGAUUUUCUACCCAAAGUUGCAUAGAAAAUGUGAUUUGUUUAAUAAACACGAGACCAGCAACAUUUACAAAGGGGUGUGUCAGUAGUAGGAACAGCAACAUCAAGUUGACAACCUGGUACUUUCAACUAAUAUUUGGUAAAUAAUACAAGUGAUUUCAAAUGGCAAAUUUCUCUGAACGGGGGGGAAAAAAACUGAUUCAGAGGGAAUACAUUGCAUAGAAUGAAGAAGCAAUGCUCCAUACUACUUGAUAGACAGAAAUGCUACUGUAUAAUUACCAUUGGUGUGGGUGGUCCAUGGGUGGCUUUGGAUCAUUUUAUUGGAUUCCUCAUGUCUUGCUCAAUGAUAGGAAAACCUUUGGUCCAAAUCGGAUGUUGGGUACUAUAUUGAUUGACUAUGUGAAUCUUGUAAAUUAGAAGGGCCAAUUUGGGUGCGAUCAAUUAGCCUAAUUUCUCAGAUCAAAUAAAAUGUCAACAAAAUUGCAGGAAUGCUAAUGCUAAUCUUAUGUUUCAAAAUACAGAAAUGGCUUGCUGAAAGGACAUGGAAUGAGUAUCUAAAGUUCUAAAAUUCUUUAGGUGUGACAAUGUUCAACUCAAUGCAGCAAUGAUGUAUGGGAAUGUGCAAAACAAAGUGGGGUUUUAUUGAAAACCGGUUUUAUAGAUCCAUAUUCGACGUUGUUCAAAAUCUUUCUGAACAGUUUACGAAAAUUAGAUAACUAUCACAUUUUGUAUUAUUCUGUACCAAAUUGACUGACGAGACAAUUUUAUUAUUACCACGACCACAAAUGCAGUAUUUUCCUAAUCUUAUUGUCUAUGGCUGUGUAUAUAGUUAUUUUAAAAGGCCACACAAAAUGCCAAGUAUAUUCUAAAGCCCUUUUUUUUUGUGGUCAACGGAAUUAAAGUUUUUAGUGGUUUCAUCUGGAGUGGUUUUUACAAUUGUAAGUGUACUAAACACAUCACAAUACUUUUAUUCUAUUGCCGUUCAACAAAGCCGGUUUCAUUUUUCUAAGAGCUUUUGUUCUCUCAUUUUGCAUUGCAAUUGAAGUAAUUUAAGACAGUGAUUCAUGACAUUUCUAAAGGUCUUGGCAUCCAUUUCAAUUUUGUAACAUUGGAUGUCCUCUUGAUCAAUGUUAAAUAAAUAAAGACCUUUUUAUUCUUUACCUCA